GAGACUUCAUUCUUCUUUCGGUACCUCAUUCAUUACAAAAAUACAAAGGUCUCCAUCGAAGAUGGGAUCUCAAGAAUAUUGCAUUUACAGAGUACCAAGCCCACUGCGUGAAGUGAAACCUGAAGCUUAUACACCCCGGAUGGUUAUCAUCGGCCCACUUCAUCACUCUGUCAAACCCAGGGCUUACAAUCACGACAUUGAAGCAAAUAUGCUUAUGGAAGACCUUAAAAAUAGCAAUUCAAGCUAUCUAGAGUAUCUGAUGAUGGAGGGCCAAAAGAAAAGGUACAAAGAAGCUUUCAUCAAAAGAAUUGGGCAAAUUAGUGUUGACGAGAUGAAGAGAACCAUACAAGCUAAUAUAGAGAAGAUACGGGGAAGCUAUGCAGUACCGACGUCGUGGAUCUCAUCUCCUGACUUCGUGGACCUUAUCCUUGGCGAUUCAAUUUUCAUCUUGGAGCUCAGUCUCAGACAUUGGGAUAAAAAACACAAAACUUCCCAACCUUCUACGUCAAUAGGUACUGCAUGUCGUGAUUUGACUGUGGACAAAACAUUUUUCACUUCGACGGUGAUCGAAGAUCUCAUCUUGCUGGAGAAUCAACUUCCUUAUUUCAUUUUAGAGGAGUUGUUCGAUCCUAUAAAAAGAGACUUGUGUGGAAAUGAUGAUCUGACGCUCUACCAACUUAUCUUAAAUUUAUUUUCCAAGGUUGGUAAAAUCAAAGAAAAUACAAAGUUCAUGCAUUUUACAGACAUGCACCGGUGUGUUUACGAGGAAUCGCUUGACCAGAAUCCGGAUAUGAAGGGGACGAAAGGGAAAACUCAUACGCAGAACGCUGAGAACCUAUCUCACGUAGGAGUUGAAUUCAAGGUGUGGAAGGAUGAAUAUUCAUUGGACGUGGCAUUUAAGGAAGGUUGCUUAACGAUGCCGAGUUUCCCUGCGGAUGAAAACUCUGAUAUCAUUUUAAGAAAUGUGAUUGCAUAUGAGCAGUGUCAUAUGCUUGGAAAUGCCUUGACUUCUGAAUAUAUAUAUCUCAUGAAUUUCCUUGUUACCUCCGAUAAAGACGUCGAGGUACUAGAUGCCAGAGGGCUGAUAGCAAAUGGUAUUGGGAGGUCAAGCUUGGUCGUGAAGAUGAUAAACGAGUUAGGUGUAGGAGUGAGGCUGCCAGAAUCCACAGUUUAUCACGGCAUAGCCAUGAAACUCAGAGCUCACUGUAAAUCUCGUAGAAAAAGGUUUUUGGCCAAACUCGGGAACGUCUACUACAGUGACUGUUUGACGGGGACAGCUACCACAGCCGCCGUAAUUCUCUUGUUUCUGACUAUGGUUGCGACGGGAGCUUCUCUCUAUCAAGCUAUCAUGACCCAACCAUAGUUACAUGAUCGACUGUUUAAAAGUCUCCACAAGAAAAAUGGUUUUUGGUUUGUUUCUGAGACUGAUUUUAAUUUCUAUUUUUUUUUUUUUUUAAAUAUGUUAAUUAAGCUAGUUAUAAUAACAAAUCUAAGAACAUGGUAUUUUCUUACAGUAAUAUAUGGUAAACUAUAUAUUAUUAGUAUGCAAGUUUAGUUUGUAGUAGAGACAUGUUUUGUGUGUUUUUUUUACAAAUUGUGACUUCAUCAUAUGAUUUUAAAUAGAAAUAACCAAAAAAAUCUUGAUUGUUUUGACUAACCAACUUUAACUAAUAUCAAUCGGUGCAUAUGUUCCAAAAGUUUUUUUUUUUUUUAAAAACAUGUUUUUUAUUCAACGUUUAGAGCGAUUUACAUAGAUCUCAUCGAAAAA